CAGGCCCAGAGUAGGACUUAGGGGCAGGCGCAAGCGCACUCCGGGCUUCUUUGACCAAGAUGGAGCUUGUGGAGCACGUUGUGGCGGACGCCGGAGCUUUCCUGCAGGACUCGGCUUUGCAGGACAUUGGGAAGAACAUCUAUACCGUUCGGGAUGUAGUCAGCGAGAUUCGGGACAGGGCCACGCGCAGGCGCCUCGCCGUCCUGCCCUACGAGCUGCGUUUCAAGGAGCCCUAUCCGGAAUACGUGCGGCUGGUGACUGAGUUUUCAAAGAAAACUGGAGACUAUCCCAGCCUCUCUGCCACAGACAUCCAAGUCCUGGCACUUACCUACCAGUUGGAAGCAGAGUUUGUUGGGGUGUCACACUUAAAACAAGAACCAGAAAAGGUUAAAGUGAGCUCAUCGAUUCAGCACCCCGAAACUCCUCUACACAUUUCUGGUUUCCAUCUGCCCUCAAAGCCUAAACCCCCACGAGAGACAGUAAAGCAUGAACACCUAGACAGUGAGCCUGAGUACCUAGAAUUCAGUUCCUUCAUGUUCUGGAGAAACCCUUUGCCUAAUAUUGAUCGGGACCUGCAGGAGCUACUGCUGGUUGACGAAGGUGAGGAUGUUGCAAGUGAGGAGGAGAAAGAAGAGAAUGGAUUUCAAGAAAGGAAAGACGAAGAUAGUGAUGAUGAUGGGGGGUGGAUAACCCCCAGCAACAUCAAGCAGAUCCAGAGGGAUUUUGAACAGUGCACCAUCCCAAAGGACGUGCGGGUCGGCUGUGUGACUACAGACUUUGCCAUGCAGAAUGUUCUGCUCCAGAUGGGGCUGCAUGUGCUGGCGGUGAACGGCAUGCUGAUCCGGGAAGCCCGGAGCUACAUCUUGCGCUGCCACGGCUGUUUCAAGACAACAUCUGACACGAGCCGAGUAUUCUGUUCCCAUUGUGGAAACAAGACCCUGAAGAAAGUGUCUGUGACUGUUAGCGAUGAUGGAACCCUGCGCAUGCACUUUUCCCGCAACCCUAAGGUGCUCAAUCCGCGGGGCCUCCGGUAUUCACUUCCCACUCCCAAGGGGGGCAAAUAUGCUGUCAACCCUCAUCUGACUGAGGACCAGCGCUUCCCUCAGCUGCGACUCUCCCGCAAGGCCCGGCAGAAAACUGAUGUGUUUGCCCCUGACUACAUAGCUGGGCUGUCUCCCUUUGCAGAGAAUGACAUCUCCAGCCGGUCAGCUAUCCUGCAGGUUCGAGACAACGCUUUGGGAGCUGGGAGGAGACGGUUAAAUCCCAAUGCUUCCAGAAAGAAGUUUGUGAAGAAAAGGUGAAGUGCUAGUUCCGCAGGCAAACUGGACAGCUGCGGCAGCUGCCAGGGAGUUCUGGUGUUGCAUUCCCCCCAGCUGUGCUGGUCCCAAAGCCACCUGGACAGAAAGAGCAGGCCCAGCUCCUGUGUGCUGCUUCACAACUCCUGUGGAGGGUUAGCUUGGGUCUGUGGUGGGACUCAGCCGUGCGUCGGCCUGGGAGCCCCCAGAGAGCUGGGGCUCCUGCCAUGGUGAGGGGAAUUUGAUGAAAAUGGAACAGUGCCCUGGAGUGAAUCUUCAACAUUGAAAGAGGGGAAAUCCCAAGAGAUAAUAUUUUCCUAAUAAAUGUGGUUGCAAGCUUCUAUGCAUUUUCAUUUAAUAGGCCAGAAUUUUUCUUCUUAGGUAAUUUGAAGGCUAACACGUAAAGUAUACAUGAAGAUCAAGCAUUUAGAUUGCUCUUUUUUACAAGGAAAUAAUACUAUUUGUUAUAAUAAAACUAAGUGCUGCUGUAU